AUGCCAUCUCAGGCAUUUUUUCUGUCUCAAAGACUUCCCCAUACACAUAAUCAACAAGGUCUUAAUUCUUUAUACAAUCAACGGAUAACAUCGCUUCAAGAAUAUCGUCGACCAUUAGAAGUACAACCAAUUGCAGGAUUUGAUGUUGCCGGAAAAUUGAAUCAAUGGGGUAUCAAUCAUCGUGGUCAAGUAGCAACAUUGCAAAAUGGUGAACGUUUUCUCGUUCAUAAAGGACCUGGUUUUGGCCACAGUUCUCAGACUGUUGUUGUUGAUGCUAAUCAUAUGUCAAGAAAGUGGACACCACAUGGUUCAUCGAUGCAACCUGGAUCUCAAUCUUCAGGAUUAGGUGAUUUAGUCAGAGCAGGCGGAAAAAAUUAUAAGACAUUUACAAACAAUUGUAUACAUGGUGCAUGUCAAAUCAAAGAACGGUUUCAAAAGGGCAAAUAA